AUGAUUGGUUCGUGCACCCAGCUGUCCCUUCGGGCAUGUCGGCAGGGAUCCCAGGCAAUGUUGAAGAAUACACGUUUGCCCAUCCAGCCCAAGGUUCUCACAAGUGAGGUCCUCCAGCGGGGUGGUGCUCGCUGUGUUACAUUCUCAUCUCAGCUGAAGCUUAGCCAAACAUCAGGACUGAAGCGAAAUGAGUUGCAGACCGCCUUGAUUCCCCCAUCAUUUUUCACCCAGCGAAGAUGGACCAGCUCAAACUCGCCAGGCAACAAACCUCAGGAACAACCCGAGGAACCUAAGAAGAAGCCUAUUCUGUCGCGUAUUCCUCUGCCAACAUCCCAUGAGAACAUCUACACAGUUCCCAACAUUCUCACCUUCUCUAGACUUGUGGCUGCCCCGGCCGUGGGGUAUCUUCUGGUUAAUAACUAUCACACAGCCGCGCUAUCUCUGUUCGCCUAUGCCGGAAUUACCGAUCUGGUCGAUGGAUGGAUCGCCCGUCGAUGGAACCUGCAGACAGUUGUCGGAACGAUCAUUGAUCCCAUGGCUGACAAGCUGCUCAUGACGAUUGGUGUUGCAUGCCUCGCCGUCAACGGUUCUCUCCCUGUCUGGUUAGCUGUGAUCAUUCUCGGCCGGGAUGUCGGUCUUGCCAUGUCGGCCAUCUAUUACCGCUGGAUCUCCCUGCCCGAGCCGAAGACCAUGGCCCGGUACUGGGAUUUCUCGCUUCCCUCCGCGGAAGUCAAGCCCACCGAGAUUUCCAAGAUCAAUACGGCUCUGCAGCUAGUGUUGGUCGGCAGUGCGAUCGCGCUGCCUGUGGUACCUGAGGCGUUUGUGAGUGCUUGGCAUCUGAGCGAAGCCAUGACUGGAUUCCAGUAA